AUCGUUUAGAAAUUACCAAAGCAUAGCUGCACAUAAAGUCAAAAUUGCAAAAAAAAUCAUUUCCUGCUAAAGAAAAUGAGUGUUUGCAAUGAACGUGUGUUUAGACUCAAGGUUUUAGGUUAUAGUAUAGAUAUGUCUCUAUAGUUAUCUGUACCUAUCUGAUCAGCCAUUCUUUAUUGUAAAAGGGUUAUAUAAAAUUACAGGUGCCCACCUGAAGUUGGUGGAAACAGGUGUCAACAUGCAAUCCAUCCGACUGGGCCACCAACACACCAUACCAACUGGCUAGUCGGCGUCAUCAUCACAGGAUCACUGUUGGCCUUGUUGCUUAUCAUAGCAGCCGUCUACUACUUCUUCCGCCAGAAACAGAGAAGGUCAGAAUGGAGGCAAAUCAAGAUAUACACCAAUGCAGCAAGUGUGACCGAAAGUUCAAUGUAAAAUCGAACUUGACUAGACACAUGAAAACGCAUGAGGACAAAGGUUUUCAGUGUGCAGUUUGUGACAAGACUUUUACACUGAAACAAAACUUGGACAGUCAUGCUAAGCAGCAUUUGUAUCCAAAUAUACCACUUUAUAAGAACAGAGAAGCAAGACUCAAAUGCUCCGCAGAAGCAUUAGAUGUUGCUAGCCACAGCAACAAGGAGAUUGAAGAUGUGUGGCUCGAUCCAAAGACGGCAGAAACGGCUGCGAAGAGAUCAGGCAGUGAGCUGUGGAGAGCCAAUGUUAUCAUAACAUUUGGCAAAUAUGCAGGAAAGUCUUUUAAGUGGCUACUUGAAAAUGACGUCGGCUGGGUGGUGUGGCUACUUGAUGCCUACAGCAUUCACGGAGAAAAGUGCCCCCGCUUGCUGUGGCAGAAGGAAAGACUGCUGGAAUUAGUCCGAGACAUUGCCUCCGUGAUGUGCCAUCUAGACAACCGCCUUAAGAAGCGGAAGGAGAACAAAGAGAUGGCUGCCCCGGCUACAGAUAUAGCAGAAGAGUAUAUUGAGGAUGCUGAACUAUUGGCCAUGGCAGAGUACAAGGAUCGUGAUAAGAGCAGGGAGCGUUUAGAGAAUUACAACGUGGGCAGCUAG